AUGGCUUUGCAAAUGAAUCUACCACAGAUGAGGUCGAUCUGGAUAGACGAGGAUCAAGAAGCUGAAAAACUGUAUGGAUUACAAGUUCAACGGUUGAUGGACUCCGACGAUGAUGACCAGGUGGAUAUGAUGCUGAUCAACAGCGACAGACCGGUCUUGAACAACAAAGAACGCAUCGAGCUACCGCCGUUAAGGCCAUCCGCAUACAAACCAAGCCGUAGCAAAAAACCACUUUCCAAGGCUUCUGACCUAGGCCAUGGAAUGUCUUCUUCCAAGACCAAAAAGACCACUGGGAAGUUUUUCAAAUUAUUCAAGAGCAAAGAACCUCGUCUAAAUUCCCAAAGCACCAACAUUUCAGUGCCUUUUAACUUCCAACACAUCUCACACGCGGACAUGAAGAACGUUUUUGAAGGUGAAAGACUAUCGCAAGACGACCCUGUUUCACCCAUUUCGUUGAACAAGGCCUUUGUCACGGAGAGUUUUCUUUCCGCACAAGAUUUGCCCGAUAAAAACAAGUUUGGGUACUCCAAGACCGCUUCUCCUCGUCGUUCUUCAUCUAUCGCCUCCUCCCAAUACUCGAGUAAAUCAGCAAGAAUAGUAUCGACAUCAACAAUGGCCACGUCUGUGAAUGAUGACUCCUACAAAUCAAUCAAAAAGCUGAAGCAGUUGGAAAGAGUACAUUUGAAACAUAGAUACAAUAAAUCGGAAGAUAGUGCUGUUUCGGUCGAAUUUUUGAAGAACUACAGCUUCCCCACUGUCUUGGAGGACGUUUCUUUGGUCGAAGUUAAAACCCCAGACAUGUCAAAAACCAACUGUGACAAGUUUACCUGGGAGUCUCCGCAGGACCCGGGGGCUCUUUUGGAAACUAUGCUACAAGACAGAUCCCCAAUGCCGGCCACUACGGGUUCUAGAAGGAAGUCUGAUUCACAAUUAGUCUUUACACCAAUGAUUGAGCAACGAGGUUCGUUCCUUGAUACCCCCAGAACGAGAAAAUCCGUUGACGAUGUACUGCUGUGCUACCAUCAGCCAAGCGAAGCAAGUUCAGAUCUACGCGAAUCUGGUGACUUCUCCUUCAGCCAGAGCUCCGGUAGGAUGAACAAUGGAUCAUCCUGGGACAAAGAAACCGAAACAUUCGUGUUAUAG